UUUACUGUAAGCCAACUAUUUGAAGCCAUAAGUGAAAGAUCUGAGUAACGAUUUGGUCAGCCUGUUUUUUACAGAUAAAUCCCAUUUUACAUGUUAAGACACUUCCAAAGCACUUUUAUAAUAAUGUCCACAUGGGGGGGCUGAUACCGUCUGGAACACAUUCGGCGUGGGAAUGAGUUGCCCCCUCCUUCCCACUGCUGGGAACAGUCAAACGAGGCUGAACCACAAAGUGAAAGUAAUUUCUUAGCUCGUAAGAUUUGCCACGAGGACUGGACUAUAGGGAGAUUGGAAUCAAAUUGUGUGAACCCUUUCCUGUGGAGAGACCACAGUUUCACAGAACCCCUGUUUGUUUUUCUACUAAGGAGAAAGGCCUUAACAUGGCAUUAGUCUUCAGCUUGUCCACUCAUGUUUCUCCUCAUCACUGGGAUGGAGACAUCCAAAAGUCUAAGUCAGGGCCCAGAGUUGAAGCAGGUCAUCCAGGUGGACUCUGGGAAGGAUGCAGUCCUGGAGUGCUCUUUGAACUUCAAUGGGAUAUCUCCUGGUAAUGUAAACAUAGAGCUGGUCGUGUGGCGGAGGUUGGACCAGAAUGAUCUUCACAAAGGUGGACCUGUGUUCAAAUGCAACAUAUUCAAUCAACAAUCCUCCAAUCCCAGGUUGCAGCUGAACCCAAAAUAUCAGCUUCCCAUGCCACCUGCCAAUGAGAAAGACAAAGUUGUGUCCCUGUUGGUCAAAGAAACCCAGCCUGAAGACGAGGGUCCGUAUGAGUGUGUGGUGAACACUGACAGUGGAAUCACACAUUGUAACUUCAUGCUGAAGGUCACAGUGUUACAGUACGAGACCAGCACUGAAAAGGAGAUUCCAAAGAACAGUUACAUGAGUGUGGCUGCUGUAUGUGUGGUAGUAGGCUCUCUUGCCAUUGGACUGCUGCUUCUCAAGCUGUUUCAAGCCAGAAGACUCAGACAAGAUGAACCAGUGACACAGGAAGACUCUGUUGUGGCAGAAGAGCCUGAGGAUACAGCAGUCCCAGCAGAGCACCAGGACAGGACUGUUUCCGUAGCGUCGGAGUGUUACCAGGAGUGUUACCAGGAGUGUUACCAGGAGUGUUACCAGGAGUGUUACCAGGAGUGUUACCAGGAGUGUUACGAUUCUGGCACUGUAAUUAAAAGUAUUCAACCCCUGUAGAUUUCUUCACAUUUUGUUACAAUGAGGAAUACAAAUUGAUUUAACUGUUAUUCUGGAGAUGGGAUUUUGUCCUGUGUUUUGGUGGUGGGGAGUGCAGACAGGGCUGGAGAGAGCUGGCUGUGGUUAUGUCCUGUGUUUUGGUGGUGGGGAGUGCAGGCAGGGCUGGAGAGAGCUGGCUGGGGUUUUGUCCUGUGUUUUGGUGGUGGGGAGUGCAGGCAGGGCUGGAGAGAGCUGGUUGGGGUUUUGUCCUGUGUUUUGGUGGUGGGGAGUGCAGGCAGGGCUGG